GGUAAAAAAGAAAACAUUAUUAUACCUAGUAUAAUAAUGAAACAAAUUCGAGAACAAAAUGGUGAAAUUAUUAUUGAUAGAUCUUCUAUUUCUAUCUUUCCUUGUUUUUUUCUAGAGACAAAAACGAAUAAAUCAAUAUCAAUUGUAUAUAAUGCUGUUUACUCUAUAGUAGAAAAUGAUACAGAUAUUGAAAUGACAACAUCUUCUCAAUCUUCAAUUAAAUCAACAAGUAAUGAUGAUGAAUAUAAAACAGAAAAAACUACUAUCAAUGAUCGAAGUCAAUCAACUAAUUCAACAUCAUCAAAUCCAUGUGUUCUUUGUCUGACAGAAGAAAAACAAUUAGCUUGUAUACCAUGUGGUCAUUCGUUGCGUUUAUGUCCAAUAUGUCGACGAGAAAUCAAUGCAUUUGCUAGAAUUUCUAUUUAA